CCUCCAUGACUUUUAAAUGAAGCCAGACACAGAAGGGCCUCUUUGUCCCAUCUUCCACCCACCGUGGCAAUUUGCUGAGCUCCUGCUGGCUCUAGACAGAACUUUGCAUGCUCCAGUCCAGGUUUUGCAACAGUCGCAAUAUUUUGGCAGGAUAUUGUCUUAGGAGGUGGUACGAGUGGGGUGGGAUUCCCUCCUGCCGCAGUUUGCACACUCCAUGCCUUUGCAAAGCUGGAUGGGUUACGUUUGUAGGCAGGAGGAGAAGAGCAGUGAUACAGGGGAAGCCGUCCGGGCGAAGAGGGGCUGGAGUCUGCCGCAUAAAAAACAGGAACUUAUUAAUGUGCAAAUUGCUUAGAUAUGAUCACAUUCUUCUUUUGCUCAGCAUAUCCAGAGAGCCGUGUGGGAUACAAACGAGCCCAGGCAAUCUUCGCAAGCAGGAAUUCGGCUCGGUGGAGGAGACGGAAUCGCUUCCCUCUGUGAAAUUUGGAAAACUAUUUGGUGCCUGGCUUUGGAAGAAGAAAGGAUUUGGGGUUGUUGUUGUUGUUUUAAAAAAUCCAAACUGAAGGUACAAAAACUGGCAGAGGGAAAAACUUGUGUGGGGAAACUUUUUUCCCUGGUGGAAUGGAUGAUUGCGAUGAGUGCUGAAAUUGGAGUCUAACCAGAGUAGCGGAGAGAGUUUCUUCAGGCAGCAGCAAGCAACUGACAGCUCAGAGGUAAGGAUUUCGCAACACACGCUUGUUUGGAAGGGGCUGUUGCAAGGGCAGAUUUGCUGGGCAUGUCAGGUUGCUUGAGAACAGCACACACCUAAUGUAAUGUGGUGGAUCACACUUUUUGGCAUUGCUGGGGAACUGCCAGAGAACAGAACCUGGAGGGUUUCACUCUCAGACCAGGGACAGGGUUUUCCUGGCCUGACUCUGGUUCAGUGUUAGGAAAUGGUUUGGGAAUAUGGAUCAUGUUCCUAGGUGAUGGAUCAAGGGAACCAUCUCAGGACAACUGUAUCCCCACUCACCAUGCCCCCCUCCACCUCUUUCCCCCUUUUCUUCCUAAUGUAACACUAAUGUCUCAACAAAUGAAACUGAUCUGUAGAAAAUUUAACUUGAAAAAAGAGACAUUGCACAUAGUUUUGUAAACCAAGAAAUCUUUAAUAAAAAUAUGUUUUCAUCAUCAUCAUCGCCAUCAAUAGGGGCUAGGGCUCCCUGCUGCAUUUGGUUUCUUUGCUAUAGUCCUUCCUGACCAGUCCUUUCCUAAGGAGGCAUUCAGCCUGGCAAUCUUCUACCUAAUGCCCCAUGAUGCCUGGUUCCAGGAGGACAACCAGACGGGCAACUGUGGUGGCGAUUACACGUUGCAUUGCAUCUGAUUAAAUCCUCUUUGUUGGUCCCCAAAGCCUGGGCUGACACUCCAGAAAGGUGUUUUAAAUUUAUCCAAAUUGAAGAGCAGAAACUGGAAUCCUAAACAUGCUUACAUGGGAGUAAACCUUAUUGAGCGGGAAUUAACUCUGAGCUAACAUGCUAUAUGGUUGUGCUGAAAGGGUUGUCAUCAAAGUAUGGAGAUCAACAGUAGGUUUUUUUAGAGCUUAAGAUGGUCUGUUAGAGCCAUUGUUUCCUGUGGUGUACACCCACACCCACACCCACACACCAUUCGCUCCGCUGCAGUGUCUGAUUAAGCUGGCCACACUGCAUGAUCAGCAAUUCUAGCAAGGUAGGCAUAUUCCAAAUGAGCAACAAUAGUCCCGCUGUCAUCUACCACCUUCAACGAUCUUAGUUUGGAGGACCAUCGUUUUUGAGAGAUUUGCAUGGCCAUCUAAGAUCUGUGAUGAACAAGUGUUUCUUUUGUCCCUGGGAUAUACAUCCUUUUUAAAAAAAAUAUAUGCAUUUAUAUCCUACCUUUUCCUCCAAGGAGCUCAAGGUGGCCUGUAUGAUUCUGUCAGUGUUUGAAAAAAGCAAAGGUCCUGACUUCCUUUGUCUCCUCAGCCUGGUCCUCAGACCCUUGUUGGCAUAAGAGUCCAAGAGAAGAGUAUACUUGCAUUGACCACUCUACAUAUACAGGUACAAUUGGGUAAAAGUUUGCAUGAGUCAUUGUAGGCCGCUGAUUCAAGCUAAGUUCUUUUAGCAUUAAAGAAACAGCGGCCAAUUUUUAGCCACGACAGAUUCUACCCCUCCUCAUUUAAUCCCCACAACAACCCUGUGAGGUAGGCUAGGCUGAGAGAGGCAGUGACUGGCCCAAAGUCACCCUGUGAGCUUCACGGCCAAGAGGUGAUUUCAACCCUGCUCUCACCCAGGUCCUGGUCAGACACACCAUUACGCCACACUGGCUCUCUGGUUGAAAAGAUUUUAAGAUAAGCACAUCAUUGGCCACAAAGCCUCUCAGAUUCUCAAAAUAACAAUCCUUUGACAUGGAUCCUUUGGGCAGCAGUUUCCUGUGUGGCUCAAUGAUUUGCUGCUCUUCAGGGCUGUUCAGGAGGCACUCCUUUGGAACCAGAGCUGGAGGAAGAAGGCACCUGGCUUCAAGGACCAGCACAGCCUAUCCCCUGAGGGAGAUCCAGCAGAUCCCUCCUGUUGGGUGAGGAUGAUGAGUGAGGACAGAAUCCAACCCUGCAGCAAGUUCCUCCAUGCCUGAAAGAACCGCACCUUGGAAUCUGGGGGCGUCUGGCAAAGUCCCAGCAGGAAGCAUGAUCCCCCAGGGAUUCUCCAUCUGCCUGGAAUGAGGCAGGGCUGGUAGUGCACUUGGGGUUGGGGUUCAGGGUGGGGUCCAUAAGAAACAGGGAAUGCCAAAUGCCAAAAAAGAAGAAAAACAAACAGAGAAAAAGGACUGGAGGCUGACGAUGACCGUCUUCUUGCAGGGGAGAAAUGCACCCAGGAGUUUUUGUUUUGUUCUGAAAGCAAUGCCUCCCUGAGAAAUAACGGGAAGCUGUAAAAUCUGGGCACAAUUACGUUAUGUUAAAGGAGGCAAGUUUGUCAACAGCCCGUUUCCUUCCUUUGCUGACCCUUUGGCAGCACCCUUCCUCAGGACUCUUCGCCCAAACAAGAUCAAGCACAAGUGAGCCUCAGACGUGGGAUGAACUGAAAACCCUCAGCCAGUGAGAACAUCCACACCUCUUCACCCCAACCCCAAAAGAGCUAACCUUUUGAAGUCCACACCAGCUGAUCUCACCAUGAUGGUUACACUCUGCCUCGACAGUCAAGGCAGCAAUGCUUCUGAAUACCAGUUUUUGGAAACUGCAGGAGAGGAGAGGGCUCUUGCUCUCGGGUCCUGCUUCCACGCUUCUCAUAGGCGUCUCGUUGCCCACUGUGAGAACUAAAUGUUUCACUAGACAGGCCAUUGGCCUGAUCCAGCAGGCUCUUCUUGUGUUCUUAAUGCCAAGAGGCAUUGUGUGAGUCGUUGGCGAUGAGCUUUAGAAAAGCUUCAAGGUGUCAUUGUUUACUGCCAUUGGCAUGAAUAUCCUGGCUCCAUUUCCUUUGGCUACUGUAUAAAGCCUGAUGGCUUUGCUAGCGUACUUGUUCCCAUGCUGGGCUUCCAUGCAAUGCAUACUGUAGGCCAAUGGACUGGUGAGGAAGCAGGGAAAGCAAGAAUAAGAACAUCAGAAGGGCUUGCUGGAUCAGGCUAAUGGGCUAUCCAGUCCAGCAUCCUGUUUUUACAGUGGCCACCCAGGGAACAAGACCACUCUCCCCUCCUGUGGUUUCCAGCAACCAGUAUUCAGAAGCAUUCUGAAUUCAGAAGUAUUCAGGCUAGUAGUCACUGUUAGCUUUAACCUCCUCCACCAGUUUUUUCGAAAUCUCUUUUAAAGCCAUUUAGGUUGGUGGCUCCCACUGCCUGCUGCGGGAGCAAGUUACGUAGUUUAAGUAUGCCCUGAGUGAAGGAAGACUUCCUCCUGAAUCUUCCAACAUUGCUCCGUUGGAUGUUCAUGAGUUCUAGUGUUAUGAGAGAGGGAGAAAGGCUUUCUCCAUGCCAUGCAUAAUUUUACAAACUAAAACAGAACCUCUAGUGUGAUGGGAGCUUUUGCAAGGGAUGCACAGGCAAGAGAAGGUAACUGAGGUUUCUGAGGCUGCCAGAACGAGGCUUUCUGAGGGCAGCAGGGGGAGGGAGAGGAGGGGGUUGCAGGUUAGCAGAGCCCACCUGAGUACUGAGCAGGAGCCAGGGUUGGGCGGGAGGACACAGAUCUUGAGAAGGCUCCUGCAGGCUUCAGUGGUCUUCUUCCAUGGCUUCCUUGCCCUUCAGUUUAUAUUUCAGGAUUAGAGAAACUCCUAUCAAAACCAAAUGUUGACCAUCUGGUUAGGAAACACAACAGAGCCCAGCCUGUUUUUAUGGCUUGGAGGAUUAAGCAAAACAAAGUGCAUUUUCAGCAUCAUGUGGGGAUAGAGCAGCGGCGGCCCCCCUCUCUCCCCCUGCCAGCCACACGGAUCUUUCUCUGCUUUCGGUGACCUUGUGCACCACGGGAGGCGAGAGAUGGCAGUUCUGUCCUGUGCGGCUCUCUCCCUGCUCAGCGUGCCAAGCAGGAUGUUGACCCCCAGAGCAGGCAGGAAAUGAUGAUGGGCCAGAGGGGUGGGAAGGGGUCAGUCAGAGGGUCACUGCCAGGGAAUGCCUCCAUGAAGGUGGGAGAGGGCAAACGGAUCUGUGUUUCCUUCUUAGAUCUUAGAAUUGUAGAGUUGGAAGGGAGUACGAGGGACAUCUAGUCCAACUCCCCAUAAUGUAGGAUUUUUUUGCCCAAUGUGGGGCCCAAACCCCUAACCCUGAGAUUAAGAGUGUUGUACUCUACUGAAUGAGCUAACCAUCCAUAUCUUGCAAACUUCUGGGGUGGCAGCAGGGGUGGGCAGGCCAGAGAAUCAGCCAUUGCUCGAGUCAGCCUUCCAGCCACAUCUUUUGCCUUGGAUUUUUUCUUUCCCCAAUCCUGAUAUGGUGGCAAUGGUAAAACACUCUGCACAUGCUCAGGUGAAUCUUAUGCUUUGUUAUUGCUUCACAUGUAGCAGGAUGGAAAGGGGCUCCAGGGCCACAGUCGAGCGUCCCAGGUAGUAGUUAUCACAGGCUAUGUGAGGUUGCUACAGGGCUUACAAGGGCCAGCUAUAUUGGUAUGCCCUGCCCCCCUCCCACCGCAAUUGUUGUGGAGUGAGAGAUACCUAAGUGUCAGGAUUGCCACCAGCCAUCCAACCUGCUUCCGUCUUCCCUCCGCUCCUAUGCACGCUGGCACCAGGAGUGGGAACUGCACUUCAGUAGAUGCUGGUAGUGCUGGCAAAGGAGUCCUGCUGGUCUCAAGACCCCUUGCAAGCCAGCCAGCCAGCCAGCCAGCCAGCCAGCCUUUGACUGGUCUGUGUGAACCAUACCGACGAAGAGACUCUCUGAGCCGUCCCUCUUAGGGGGAAGAGCACAGCAAAGUGGAUAUCACAGGAUGUAAACAGGGGAUGAAUCACCCUGCGAAGCUGGCGUAAUCCUUGUUUGGCUUGCAGGAAUUUAUUAAAAUCUCUAUUUAUAAAGGAGAUUUAUUUAUUGAUGCUGAGGACAUGGUUGUUUUGGCUGGAGGAGGUUCACGCGUCUGCACCAAAUCAACUUUCUAGGCAAUGAGGCCUGCAGGAGUUAAGCACCUCAGUUGUGGAGCCAAAUGGAAACUUAACGGGUUGGGAGGAUUCAUCGGCCCACAAUUGUAACUGCUAAGGAAUCUGACAGGAAAGGCCCCCAUCACUUUUGAUGUACAAUGUGACAUUAUGCAUUGCAGCAGCCCCCGGGUUGCUUUGGAAUGGGCUUUGGGGCCAGGCCUCCUAAAACCACUUGUCACUUAAGUAAACUAUGAGGUGUCAACCCAUCGCAAGAGUGACCCCAGGGAGCAUCUUUUAUGGAUGGGAACAGCGGAAACUCAAGAGGUUUGGAAGCCCAGUCUGACAGGUAGAAGUCAGUAUCUGGGCUUGUAUGGAGGCAAUGGAGUCUCCCUCCCCAGCUCUCAAACUGUGGAACUCAUUCCCACAUGGGGCAGUGAUGGCCACUGACUUGGAUGGCUUUGAAAGAGGAUUAAACAAAUUCAUUGAAGUGAGGACUAUUGAUGGCUACUACCCAUGAUGACUGUGCUCUGUCUCCAAAGUUGGAGAAAGUAAUGCUUCUGAAUACCAGUUGUUAGAAAACACAGGAGGGAGAGAGUACUCUUGUGCUCAGAUCCUGCUUGCUGGUUUCUAACAGGCAUCUGGUUGGCCACUGUAGGAACAGGAUGCUGGACUAGAUGUCCACCCCCACCUUUGUCUGAUCCAGCAGGAUCUUAUGUUCUUAUGCGUUCUCUGGCCCACCCUUGCACUCUUAGUUACAGGCAAUAGGAGCCUCUCCUUCCUUGUUCCUCUUCUGCUGUUUUCUCUCAUGUGCAGGCCCAUUGAGUCAGGCCAGCUGUUACUGGGGGAACUUGUUGCUAGUUCCCAGGAAUAUAGUAGGUUAAGCUCUGUGUGCUGCUGUUGUGCCAUGUGUGUCCAUCUGGGCUUGUCAGGUGGGCUUUGGAUUCUCUAUCACAAAGUGGAAAGUGGUGCAACUUUCUCCAGGUUCAAAGGCAGUAUGAACAUAAGAAGAGUCCUGAUUAAUCAGAACAAAGGUGCAUCUAGACCAUCUAUUUUCUUAUAACAGAACUGAUCAUUAAAGUCAGUCUGUGAGCACUUAGAAAAAGAUGCUGUGGUUACUAAAAGUCAGCAUAGGUUUAUCAAAAACAAGUCAUGCCAGAUGAACCUCAUUUCUUUUCUUGAUAGAGUUACAAGUUUUGUGGAUCAGGGGAAUGCUGUAGACAUAGUGUAUCUUGAUUUCAGUAAGACUUUUGACAAAAUCCCCCAUGAUAUUCUUGUGGAGAAGCUGGUAAAAUAUGGGCUGGACAAGGUAACCUUUAGGUGGAUUUGUAUCUGGUUGACUGACUGAACCCCAAAAGAGCUCAUUAAUGGUUCUUCAUCAUCUUGUAAAAAAGUGACAAGUGGGGUCCUGCAGCCUUGUGUCCUGGGCCCGUUGUUGUUCAAUGCCUUUAUAAGCAAUUUGGAUGAAGGAAUUGAUGGGAUGCUCAUCAAAUUGACAGAUGGCACCAAACUGGAAAGGGUAGCUGCUAAUGAUGCAGAAGACAGAAUUGGGAUUCAAGAGGACCUUAACAGAUUGGAGAACUGGGCCAAAGCUUACAAAAUGAACUUCAAUAGAGGUAAAUGUAAGGUUCUGCACUUAGACAGGAAUAAAAAGCUUCGCAAACAUAAGAUGUAGGAAACCUGGCUUGUUAGUAGAACAUAUGAAAAGGAUCUAGAGGUCUUGGUAGACCACAAGUUUAACAUGAAUCAACAGUGUGAUACAGCAGUGAAAGAGGCUAAUGCUUUUCUAGGCUGAAUCAACAGAAGUAUAGUAUUGAGAUGAAGGCAGGAGUACCUGAAGGCUUUUCUCCUGCUGGGUGAGCUCUGCUCCUACCUCCAGUCCCCAUUUGGACAGGCAGUUUUUGCACCCAACAUCUCAUUGCAAAGCCCACUUUGGAGUUUUGCUUUUUUUCAAGCACCUUAAACAUUUUUCUGUUCAAAGAUCUGAUCUGCAUUUUUUUUCCGUACUAAAACAGUUUUAUACUUUUGGCUUCAUGGAGAUGGGGGAGUUGGCUGUGUGAUGUGACACAAGAGCACAAUCUGCUGGAAAAACAGCAACAGAACAGUAGCCUCUACCUUGAACUCGAACAAAGCUGAAGAUUCAGGACUGGAAUGACUUCUUCAUGCAGCGCGGUGUUAAAAUAUGGGGUUUGCUCCUACAUGAUGCAGUGAUGGCGACCACCACCAUUUAACAGGAAGUUAGACAAAUUCACAGAGGGUAAGGCUAUCAGUAGCUACUAGUCAUUGCAACAGGUGUAUGGUUCUAAAUCUAGAACUACAGUGGUACCUCGGGUUACAUAGGCUUCAGGUUACAUAUGCUUCAGGUUACAGACUCCGCUAACCCAGAAAUAGUACCUCGGGUUAAGAACUUUGCUUCAGGAUGAGAACAGAAAUUGUGCUCUGGCGGCGCAGCAGCAGCAGGAGGCCCCAUUAGCUAAAGUGGUGCUUCAGGUUAAGAACAGAUUCAGGUUAAGAACGGACCUCUGGAAUGAAUUAAGUACUUAACCUGGGGUACCACUGUAAAAGUAAAAAUGACAAUUGCUGCUGUGGGGCGGUGGUGGAAUGGCCACCUAGCCUGUUUGGUGGCUUCCCAGAGGCACCCUCUUCCCUGUUGACAGGAUCGUGAAGCAGGAAGGCCUUGCCAUUGCUCCCUGAUCUCGUUCUUCAGCUGUAGCCAAAGGAAACACCCACCUGCUGGCAGGGAUGAGCCCAUUUCGUCUGCUCUUGGUUUUUGGCUGCUGCAUUGCAUCCUGAUGGAUGGCAGCACAACUCCCCCGAGGCAGAGGUAGGCGGUCCUGAACGUGUGCCAGGGAAUCCCUCCAAACUUGCAGAAUUAAUGGGAAGCAAGAUCUCUGGCAGGUGAAGGAAAACCAGGGUGCUCAAGGCGCAAGAUGGAGAAGAAAGGUGGCAGCCUGCUGGCAUGCACUGCCAUGUUACUCACCAGCAAAACCUGGCAGAGAAUGCGGGGAGCGGGGGGGGGUGGGGUAGUUUUAUAGACCGUGAAACAAAUAAAGACCCGUGUGAUGGUGUGAUAUAUCCUCUGCAAAGGGUGCUAAAUUGAGGUCGGGGCUGACUCUAGAAGGGUGGCAACACUGGUGCCCCAAGACCAGGAAAUGUCCCACAACUCAGCUCAACAGCUGCACCAUCCUCACUCUUCAAGUGGCAGCCAAAAAGGUUGGCUGCAGCAUGAGCACAUUCUCACUUUGCAGACCACACCCCUCUUCCUGGUGAAGGCAAUGGGAGAUCCCUGGGACACACACAGAACACUGAAGAGACAUUGGUUUACUAGAUAGAUAGAUAGAUAGAUAGAUAGAUAGAUGAUAGAUAGAUCGAUAGAUCAUCUACCUAUCUUCCUAUAGACAUAAAAAGGUAUAAUGUCAUCAUGCUGGUGUGGCCACCAAUAGGAGCCAGAGGUGGUGUAGCGGUUAGUGUGUUGGUCUAGGACCUGGGAGGCCAGGGUUCAAAUCACCAUUGAGCCAUGGAGCUCACUGGGUGAUCUUGGGCCAGUCACUGUCUCUUAGCCUAACCUACCUCACAGGUUUGUUGUGAGGAUAAAAUAGGAAGAACUAGGUUUGCCACCUUGGGCUCCUUUGAGGAAAGGUGGGAUAUAAACACAAGAAAUAAAUGCAAUAAAUAAUAAACUGCAGCAUGAGAAUGGUGAGCCCAUUUAAUGUGCCUGCAGCGAGGUUCGGUGGAGAGUGAAGAGGCCAUUCACUCAAUGACGCACCUGCCCUUGCUAUGCUAAAGGAACCUGCAGUGAGGUUUAAUGGAGGGAGGGCUUCAUCCACAUAGCUAGCUGCUCUGUGAAAUGCCCCUCCCCUGGCUCACUUAAAAAGGAGUGACUGGGGUGAGCUGGGAGGGACAGGGUCUAAGGAGUGGGGAGGUGUAAAAGGAGAGGUGUUUGGUCCGAUGUGGGGGAAAGGGGGUUGCCAAAGGAGUAGGUGAGGUUGGUGAAUGGAGCAAGUAGGGUCAGAGCCCCUAGUAUUUGCUAUACAGUAUCAUAGAAAUGUAGAGUUGGAUGGGUCCCCUAAGGGUCAUCAAGUCCAUCCCCCUUCAACCCAAGAAUCACAGACAGACAGAACCAACCUGAUUAAAAACUUCAAAGGAAGAAGAGUCUACCACCUUCCAAUGGGGUCUGUACCACGAUUGCAUAGCUUACUAUCAAAAAGUUCUUCUGAUUAUAUAUAUCACACACACACACACAUCUAAGACCGCUUUCGUAAAAGUUUAUUGUUUUAACUCUAAAAAGUUCAACUAACACCCCCCCCCCGCAAUAAUCCACUAUGCAAAUCCCACAGUUGCACUUUGCAGAAGACUUAAAAAAGACUGGCCAUAAUUUGAGGGCUUAGUAAUUGAAAUAGUUUUCCCCUGAUGCCGAAAGGAUAUUAUUAAAGUUGCUUGGAAACAUCCCUGUGGAGCCUGUGGAGGAAGAGAAAAAGUCACAUCCCUUAUAUUGCGCACAGAAACAAACUGGAAGCCAGAAAAGAUGUUUCAGCACUGGCAGAAUCUGGCCAGCUGGCCAGCAUCUGUUAAUAACCAAGACCAGUUGCAGUUUCCCAACCUUUUAUUCAUAGGCUUCCCUACAAAUACUGCAUAAUCUAAUCUGGGUUUAGUAAAGUGUGGAUAACUGUAGUGAUCCUGCUUUUUUCCAUGGGUCAAAUGAAAUCAGUAAGAAGCACUUCAGGCCACAGUUGUCACUUGAGCCUCCACAGAUGGAGGCAGCAAUGCUUCCGAAGACCAGCUGCUGGAAACCACAGGAGGGGACAGGGCUCUUGUCCUCGAAUCCUGUUUGCAGGUUUCCCACAAGCGUAUGGUUGGCCACUGUGAGAACAGAAGGCAGCACUAGAUGGGCCAUUGGCCUCAUCCAGCAGCCUCUUCUCAUGUUCGUAUGGACAAAGACUGACCAGGCUUUGAUAGGUGAGCCAGCAUGGUCAACAGGAAAUUCUCCAAGGGCUUUCAGAACACCAUCAACCUCUGAAGGUUACUCUAUGAGUCCAAAUUCCUUGAGGUAGUGAUGAAGGCCCUGUUGACACCUCCACCCAACAUGGACCACCAGCUCCUCACCCAAGCCACACCGUCAGACUGUAUGGGUCACCUGUUGCCACAUGUGCCAUACUGUGAGAGACCCCAGGUUGCCAAGGCAGUCAUGAGAUCCUGAAUUGUCCCAACAAGAGGACCUCCGGCAGUGCUGAAGUUCUAAAGAAUGAAAGAAAUGGAGACCCAUGACACCAGGUCUAAAAUCAUCUCUAGGAAGGAGGGUGGAACAUGGACAGAACUCCUAAUUUGUGCUGUGAUGUCAAAUGCCUGGUGCAAACCUGAAAGAGCGUCUCCACCCCCAUCGUUCUGAGGUCCAGUGCCGAGGGCCUUCUGGCGGUUCCCUCGUUGUGAGAAGCCAAGUUACAGGGAACCAGGCAGAGGGCCUUCUCGAUAGUGGCACCCGCCCUGUGGAACGCCCUCCCACCAGAUGUCAAAGAGAAAAACAACUACCAGACUUUUAGAAGACAUCUGAAGGCAGCCCUGUUUAGGGAAGCUUUUAAUGUUUAAUAGACUAUUGUAUUUUAAUAUUGUGUUGGAAGCCGCCCAGAGUGGCUGGGGAAACCCAGCCAGAUGGUUGGGGUAUAAAUAAUAAAUAAUAAUAAUAAUAAUAAUAAUAAUUAUUAUUAUUAUUAUUAUUAUUAUUAUUAUUUUGUACUCACUUUCAAUUUUGUAUUCUGUAUGCUUUUAUAAUAGUCACUUUGAGAUAUUUUAUCUAGUAAGUGAUGGAAUACUACUCCUGCUACUACCAAAUGAGUUUUACCUAGAAUCAUAGAACUGUAGAGUUGAAAGGGAUCCCAAGGGUCAUCUAGUCUAACCCCCUGCGAUGCAGGAAUCACAGCUUUUCCUUUCGCUUCCGUGGCCUAAAUUUAUGUUUUUGAUCACAUGGUCUGUACAUUCUGAAUGCUCUGCUCACACAUUAGACAACACCCACACCAUACACACAGAGCACACUUAUGUCACACACUGGCAUUCCCAGUGUAGACAAAGCAGCAUUUUCCAUACAUACACACAAUUGACAAUAUUGCCUUGUAGGGUGAGGGGCGGGCAAAAUUUUUGAUUUCUGUUUCUCUUAGUUUCUACCCCCCCCCCCAAUCUUAAGUUCUCAAAAUUUCUACAUCAUUUUGCAAUUUCUUAAACAAAGACAUCUUUGUGAAAAUGCACAUGCAUUUUAGUGUAAAUUUCUCCUAAUACAACACAGUUUUGUUUGCAACUUUGCAAGUCAUUUUCAUAAGUAUAUGCAUUUGUAUGCACACUUUACACCAGCAUAUACAUUUUUGAACACCUUAGCUGGCUGGAGGAUGGCAUUGCAAAAUUUGGAGAAGGGCAAAUUUGGCUGUGUUUCAGUCCGGGAAUUAUUUUGAAAAGAGCAAAUCAGAAAGGUUAAAUGCAAACUGAAUCAGAUUUCUCCUCCAUCCCUAGCUGGGGUGUCCAGAUUCAAGACAGCCAAUGAAGGUGAAUGCCAGAAGAUUUCAGAGCAGACAAAAGAAAGUACUUCUUCACAUGGUGCACAGUUAAACUAUGGAAUUUGAUCCCGCUGGAUACAGUGAUGGCUACACAGAUUCCUGGAAGAUAAGGCUGUUGAUGCCUAUAUUCUGUCUCUGCUCUUAGAGGAAGUAUGUCUCUGACUUCCAGUUGCUGAGCAGCAGAAAUAGGGAUUCCCAUAGACUUCUGGUUGGCCACUGUCUAAACAGAAUGCUGGACUAAAUGGGCCCCCUUUGGUUGGAUCCAGGAGGGCUCUUAGGAUCACAUUCAACAGAGACUCCCUGCACAUUCAACGGUGGUUUGGGGUUUAACGGAGGAUCCUUUCAGCAGAAUGGAUUCCUCAAAGGCUGUUUCUCAUUCUCAACUACUUGGGAAACAGUUUUGGGUGCUCCUAGUCCCCUUCUCCCCCACCCUUACUAAAGAUGAAACCAUGCUUGGUCAGAGAAGCUUAAAAGGUGAUGCCAAGUGCAUCAAACAGACUUCCAAGUCAAGAGGCAGGCAGGAUUUACACAAGCAGCUAAUUGUUUAUUUGAAAUCUACGUGCACGUGCGCAGGCAUACACACACGAACGAUGCAGACAAGUUUAAUGAUACAGUGUCCCUCGUAAGUGCAAACACAUGCUUGACACCAAGAUAAUCUGGCAGCCUUGGCAACGACCUGAAGAGUGACGGCAGAAGCGUGGAGAGAAGGUUCGGCUCCAUCUGUUUGGCUCAAGGGCUUGAACUGCAGUUGCUCCAUCUCUCAGCCAAGGCCAACAAUGACCUGGCUCCUUAGGCCCGCAAUUAGCUAUGCCACUACCAAACUCGACUCGGAGCAUAAGAACGUAAGAACACCAGAAGAGCCUGCUGGGUCGGGGCAAUAGUUCAUCUAGUCCAGCAUCCUUUUCUCACAGGGGCCGACCAGAUACCUGUGGGAAAUCCCAAAGCAAGAUUCAAGCACAAGAGCCCUUUCCCCUCCUGUGAAAUACUUGCAGCUGUGCAGAGCACAGCCAUAUGGGCUAGUAGCCACUGAUAGCCCUGUACUCCAGGAAUUUGCCCAAUCCUCUUUUAAAGGUUUGAGGCCAUCACUACCUUCUGUGGAAGUUUGUUCCAUGGUUUAAUUCUGUGCUGUGUAAAGAAGGUAUUUCCUUGGAUGUGUCCUAAGUUUAAGGCAUCCUUGGAUGUGUCCUGAAUCUUCCAACAUUCAGCUUCAUUGGAUGUCUAUGAGUUCUAGACAGGGAGAAAACCUUUUCUCUAUUCACGUUCUCCAUUUAUUAACUUCUAUCAUGUCACCUCUUCCUUGCCUUUUCUCUAAACUGAAAAGUCCUAAAUGCUGCAACCAUUCCUUAUAGGGGAGUUGCUCUAUCCCAUUGGUUCCCCUUUCCUGGACCUUUCCCAGCUGUGCAAUAUCCUUUUUGAGACGAGGCAUCCAUAACUGUACACAGUAUUCCAAAUACGGCCACACCCUAGAAUUGCGUAACAGCAUUAUGAUACUGGCAGUUUUAUUUUCAAUUCCAUUCCUAGUGAUCCCUAGCGUGGAAUUUGCCCUUUCCGUGGCAUGUGUGGUGCUGUUCAAGCCUGUGGUCUGUGUAAUACUGAGAAGAGUCUUUCAGCUCCUUUCUCCUCCUCUUCGCUGGAGUCCUGCCACAGUGGUCUUACAAGCAGGAGAGGCGCCCACAGAUGUGUUCUGAAUUAUGGGCCUUUCCAGCUUUAGCAGAGGUGGGAGGUUCCACAGAAUGAUAAAGGAAGUGGUUCAACCUGAAUAUAAAUACUACAUCCCCUUUGUUACUUGACCUCUGCUCCUUGUUUUGUCUGCUGCAUGCAGCACCUGACUGUCACAACCUUAAGUGGUAGCAGAUCUGGAAACUGUCACAGUCUUGACUGUUUUCAGAAAGGCAAAAUGUUAGAAGAUGCCUGCUGGGAGCCUUCUAGGGAUCUAGAGCAGUUGAGAAGGAAGGCUGUGAAAUGAAGGCUUGGAGAGCCAGUGGGGAGUAGUGGUUAGAGUGCCAGAGUGGGAGACCAGGGUUCCAGUUCCCACUCAGCCAUGAAGCUCACUGGGUGUGACCUAACCUACUUCACAGGGUUGUUGUGGGGAUUAAAUGAGGAGGGGGAGGACCAUGUUUGCCACCUUGAGCUCCUUGGAUGAAAGGGAGGGAUGUAAAUGCAAUAAACCGGCUAACUAACCAGCUUCCUUUCUCCCUUCCUUCCAGUGUCUUGGUGCAAGCAGACGACUCAAGUCGCCCCAAGCUCAUCCUCGCUGUCUGUGCCCAAUGGGACUGCCGCCUCUCGCCUCUCAGGCUCCUUAUGGGGUUGGAAACAGAAUCAUGUUAUCUGCAACCUAAUGCUUUCAGGGUCAAGACCUUGGUUCGUGAAGAUGGUCUUUUACUGGGCGUUGUGUACAGACUCGUGGUUCUGAUCAAGUCCCGAACACGUUAGGAAAAAGCUUCACACACCGCGACCCAGUUGUGGGCCGGAGUCCUUCCAGUCACUCUGCCUUCGAGGGUCUGAGCUGCUGGGAAGUUACUAUGCAGCUUGGACUGUGCACAGUGGUGGUUUUUCUGAGCUUGGCGGAUCUUGCAGACAGCAGCAGCAGCAGCAGCAGCAGCAGCAGCAGCAGCAAAGCACUGAAGGGCAAGAGGCAAAGACGAAGUAUGUAUGAAAGCCCUUUGAAAUGGCAAGUUGCAGACCUGCGUCAUUGACCUAUUCUUCUUGCAUUGCGUUUUGAGGCAACGUAGCGCUUGGGGCUGACAGGAAUUCUCUAGGAAUCCUCUAGGGUGAUCUGGCCUUGAUUUGAUGAAGAUGGCUCUGCUCUGCCUCCACAGUUGGAGGCAGCAAUGCUUUUAAAUGCUAUUUGCUGGGAAACUCAGGAGAGGAGAGGGCUCUUGUGCUUAAAUCCUGCUUGCAGGCUUCCCAUUGGUUGGCCACUGUGAGAAGAGGAUGCUAAACUAAACUAAACUAAACUAAACUAAACUAAACUAAACUAAACUAAACGGCCCUUGGCCUGAUCCAGCAGGCUCUUCUUAGCUUCUUUAUAAAAAAAUAGCAGCCCCUCCUCCACCUGCCAGACUCAAGCCAAGCUCCCCUCUCCUAGAUCCUUUUGGGAUGGGAGGGUGGCCUUAAUAUUGAUGUGAGAAAUGCCGUGUUUCCUAGAUUCAGGAAACCGCAUGCUGUGUGGUUGAAAGGUGCCUUAGUUGGAGAGUGGUUCUUAUGGAACAAAGGAAACUGAGCUUCUAGACACCUUCCUGUCCAUUUGCGUAGAGUGUGGGGUGUCAUAGAAUCCUAGGAUUGUAAAGUUGGAAGGGACCCCAAGGCUCAUCUAGUCCAGCAUCUGUAGCAUCUCCAGAAGCUUUCAUGGCCUUUCAGUCUGGACUCCAUAUUUCCACAUUCUGGCUAUCUGACAUAUCUGCUACCAAGAGUUGUUGGAAAACCCUUAUUCUGCUCCCUGAGUGACAGCUCUCAGAGUUCCCAAGGAAGAGGAAUUGACUGUUAAAUCAUUCUGUGAGAGGGACGGGGGUAUCUCAACAACUCUCAGCACCCUUAACUACAGUGCCCAGGAUUCCUUAAGGAAGCUGUGACUGUUUAAAGUAGCACCAUAGUGUUUUAAAUGCAUGGUGUGAAAGUGGUUUUAAAGAAUGUCUCACUUUUAUGCUGCCAGAAGUGUCAUUUCAAUAACCAUAUUGCAAUAUACCUUCUGCCAGAAUAGAUAUGGGAGAUGUGUGUGUAUAUUUAUUUGCAGAUCAAACUACAUGUGACAUUAACUGCAUGGUUUGCCCUGAAGGGGGUGGGGGGUUUUUUGUCAAGGGGCUAGCAUGGAGAAGGGAUGUACAUCAGUCAGGACUGGCAGGCAGCAGCAGGUGGGGUGGGGUGGGGGGCUUAACUUCUUGGGGUCUGCUGCAUUCCAGAUCCACACUGGGUCCCUAUGUGUGCCAUUUACAAAGAGUAGGGGAGCAAAUGGGAGCCCAUCUGCCCUGCCCCUGUAAACAGUAGAGAAGUCACUGUGCCAAAACAACAGCAGUCAUCUCUGUGGACCCUGGAGGAUGUGAGAGGGAAACAGAGGUGCAAUUCCUGCACUGCAGGAGCUUGGACUAGAUGACUUCCAGGGCCAUUUCCAACUCUACAAUUGGAAGAGGACCUUAAGGUCCAUGAAUAACCAUAGUUUAGAGGUCCCGGAUCCUAAGGAAGUCAGACUAUCCUCCACCAGGGCCAGGGCCUUUUCAGUGAUGGCUCCGACCUGGUGGAAUGCUCUGUCCCAUGAGACUAGGGCCCUUCAGGAUUUAACCUCCUUCCGUCAGGCCUGUAAGACAGAGCUAUUCCACCUGGCCUUUAAUUUGAAUUCAGCCUGAUCUUUUAUUUCCCUUCUCUUCCCUCCCCCUCCCCUUUUAUAAAGAUUACCCGCUCUGAGACCCCACAGCUAAUUCUCCCCUGGCCUCCUCGCUGGCCCAAGUAGGACUAAUUCAGCCAGCUAGCCCUGGUAACUAUCUAAUGCUUAUUAGAUGGAUUUCCCCCAAAUUGAUUUCUGAACUUUGAAUUUUAUUGUAAUUCAUGCUUUUAUACUGUAUUUUAUGCUGCUUCUACAAUUAAGUGUUUUAAAUUUGUUGUUAGCCACCCUGAGCCCGGUUUUCUGAACCAGGAAGGGUGGGGUUUAAUAAAAAAAUGUUAUUAUUAUUAUUAUUAUUAUUACAAUUUGAAGUGGUCAUGAAACUGUGCCUGAGACACAAGUGUGUUAAUCGGGACUCACCGUAUUUUUCGCUCUAUAAGACGCACCAGACCACAAGAUGCACCUAGUUUUUGGAGGAGGAAAACAAGAAAAAAAAUAUUCUGAAUCUCAGAUGCCAGAACAGCAAGAGGGAUCGCUGUGCAGUGAAAGCAGCAAUCCCUCUUGCUGUUCUGGCUUCUGGGAUAGCCGCACAGCCUGCAUUCGCUCCAUAAGAUGCACACACAUUUCCCCUUACUUUUCAGGAGGGAAAAAGUGAGUCUUAUAGAGCAAAAAAUACGGUAAAUUCAAUCUUCCAAUAUAUUAAGGUGGAAAAAAGCUGAUAUCCCAGUGGUCCAUGGUGGUUGGAGUGGACUCACUUCGGAGAAGGAAUCGGCUCCCAAUUUCUCAAGACAGGCUCCGCUUCUAACAGCUUCCCCCUGCAAAUCCAGUUGGGGCUGAGUUGACAAAUUGGUCCUGCUGCUUCUCUCCCAAUCUCGCAGCCUGACGGGAGGCCUUUGCAGCCUCUGCCUAUCUCCCCACCACCGAGAAGCCGGGCCUUUGACUCUCAGGAAUGUCAGAGCACUUGCUUUGCAGGAAGAAUAAAUAAUGUGUUUAAAAUAAAGUCAAAAAAGAUGUAGACUUGCUAUAAACAAAAGCCAAUGCUUGCAUAAUUAACCAGUAUAAAUAUAAAUAACCUGUGACGAUUUGUUUAAAAACCUGGCUGAGUUGUCCAUGAUAAUUGAUACCAGAAAGCAGCACAGACAUAAAAGGGGAUGUUUUUGUUGGCCUGAGCCAAGGAGGGCCCAGGAGGAGUGAGUCUCUGUCCUCUCCGGAUCUGGACUUCUGCUUCCAUCCAAGCGAGUUCAGAGAGGGAAGCCUCCCUGGAGGAGAGCAGAGCAGAGACAAGGCUGUGGGAGCCUUGACUUUUCCUUGUUGGUUCUGCUGGGGCAAACCUUUACUCUUCUCAAAACCUUGUGUGAAUUUAAGUGAGGGAAGGAAGCGAUUCCAAAGCAUUCUUUUGAGCUGAGUCUGUUUAGCCUGGAGAAGGGAAGGCUGAGAGCUAAUAGGAUAGCCAUCUUCAAAGAUCUGGUGGGCUGUCACAUGGAAGAUGGAGCAAGCUUGCUUUCUGCUGCUCCAGAGGGAAAGACCUGAACCAAUGGAUCCAAAUGACAAGGAGAUUCUGCCUAAACAUUAGGAAGAACUUUCUUAUGGUAAGAGCGUUGGAACGGACCACCUCAGAGGUGGUGGACUCUCCUUCCUUGGAGGUUUUUAAGCAGAGGUUGGAUGGUCAUCUGUCAGGGAUUUUUUUUUUUUAUGUGAUUCCUGCAUUGCAGAGGGUUAGGCUAGAUGACACUUGGGGUACCUUCCAGCUCUCCAAUUCUAUUAUUCUAUGAUUCGGCAAAGCUUCUUCUGGGUCAGGCCAUAGUCUGCCUGGCAUGUGCAGUUUAAAUCUUGAAUUGUCCAGACCCACAGCCAUACAUGGACAGAUGUGUCAUUUCCCUUGCCCCUCUAAGGCUGGCUUCUGCUCUGCCUGGGAGAUGGGCCUCUGCACCCAACCACAAACUGCUUUAAUGGGAAGGUACAAGAAGCUGGUCCUCCAUCUCUAGCUGUUGUUGACAAUGGUGGAAAUAGCGACUUCAGAAGCCCUUCCCAAGAAACUUAAGCAAACCAGUCCAAGGGUCCUGUGGUGAUGGCCCAUAUCCCUGAGAUGCCAGGGGAUUCUGACAGCAAGAAAUCAUAGGAUUGUAGACUUGGAAGAGAUCCCAAGGGUCAUCUAGUGCAACCCCAUGCAAUGCAGAAAUCACAGCUCAAGAAUCCCUGACAGAUGGCCACCCAAUCUCUGUUUAAAGACCUCUAAGGAAGGAGCGCUCACCACCUUCUGAGGAUGUCCGUUCCACUGUCAAACAGCUCUUACCUUCAGAAAGUUCUUCCUAAGGUUUAGGCAGAAUCUGUUAUUGUUGUUUUAGUUGCUUUAUUGCUUCAACUUGCCUAUUGUGCAUUCUGUGAACAUCUCCAGCUUCUCAAGGGCCUAGCUAGCAGUGAUGGGCAACCACAUGCCAAAGGGUGUUUGGGAGAUGCUUUGGGUCUCUGCUCCCAACUCCUGGGACCUCCUGCUUGCACUGAGCUAUGACCCUUCAUAGAAGCAGGCAGGUGAUCUUGCUCUGUGGUGCUCACUUCUCUCUCCCUCCUUCCAGUCAGUACUGAGAUGACUCAAGGCUGUGCGAAGGGAUGUGACCUGUGCUCUGAGUUCAACGGGUGCCUCAAAUGCUCCCCCAAACUCUUCAUCCUUCUGGAGAGGAACGACAUUCGCCAAAUUGGCAUCUGCCUGCCCUCUUGCCCACCGGGCUACUUCGAUGUGCGGAACCCAGACAUGAACAAGUGCAUGAGUGAGUCUUUGGGAUGGGGGUUGGGGGGGGGAUAGGGUGGGGGGAGGGAGCAGCCUAGCAUUAUUUUCUUGUGAAAUUCAGCCAUGUUUGAAUGUCAUUUCCCACCAUAUAAUGGUCUCUUGGUAAUAUUCUGUGUGAUUUCUGAUUUUUGAACAACUGAUACGUAAUCCGAGGUGUGAGCCAGCCAUCUAAACUCCUAUAAGGAAGGUUCUUAACUUAGGAAAUGCAUUUUCACCUAAGGCAAAUGUUUUUGGCACUCCAUUGGAACAAAAAAUAUCAUGGGUUUCCAAGAGCUCAUUUCAGUGCAUACAUCAGCGGAAUGGAUGAAGAAAGUCCUCUGCCCCCAUAGCCAGUGGUUGGCAUGUUGGACUAGGACCUGGGAGACCAGGGUUUGAAUCCCCAUUCAGCCACGAAGCUCACUUAAACCAGUCAUUGCCUCUCAGCCUAACCUACCUCACCAGGUUGAGAGGGAGAACUAUGUAGGCCAACUUGAGCUCCAUGGAGCAAAGGAUGGGCUAUAAAUGCAAUCAAUCAAUAAAGUGUAGAUGGGAUCCCAGAGCACUCCUUGGUUCCUCAAGAACAGCUCUGUAAGCUAUAAGCUUGGUUGCAUUCCUGUGGAAUGGGACAGUGUGGCAGAAGGAAGCAUGCCUCCUUUAGUGUCAGGACUGGAUGAGUGUGCACAGAAAGAUCCCUUAGAAAGUAUGGACAAAGAGGAGGAAGCAUGCAGAGCAUCACACCUGCAGGGAGGUGAAGUCAGGGCUGACCCAAUACCUUUGGCUGCCUGACGUGGGAGAGCAAAUGGGACCCCACUCACCAAGUCAAAAGGCACAGCGCCCAAGGCUGGUCAGGUUACCUUGGCACCUGUGGCAGGUAACCCCACAAGCAGGACCACUCCCUGGGAGUAGAAAUAUAGCAGCAACACCACUUUGCUGCCCUUUCAUGCCACUGUGUGCCUGUAGGAAACCUGCAACCAGGAUUCGAGCAGAGCAACUCUCCCCUCCUGUGGUUUCAAAAGCAUUGCUGCCUCCUACUGUGCCAUUGAUAACCCUUUCCUCGAUCAUUUGCCUAACCCUCUUUUAAAUCCAUCCAGCUGGAAGGUCAUCACAGUGUCCUGUAGGAGCAAGUUACGUAGUUGAACUAUGUGCUCUGUGGAGGACUUCCUUUUAGCCGUCCCGAAUUUUAGACAGACAGGUGGGGACUGACCAGGGCCAUGUUCAAUUCUCAAGGCAGAGAAUGGACACUUCACUUUCCCCUUAGCAAGCCCCUGGUUGAUGAGGGCCCAACACACUGGCAGGGCACAAACUGUUCCCUGUGUGUUGUUUUCUUUUAGUGGCAGGUGCCAGUUCCAUCUUACUUCAGUGCCAGCUCUGUUGCCAUCCCUGCCCCCCUCCCCCGCCGACCACAUGGGACCCUCUUGGCCACCUAAUUUGGGAUCCACUCACAGGAGGACUGUUGGGUAGGAGGGAGAGUUCCAUUUGAGGCGGUAAUUCUAACUGGUCAUUUUUCUUUCUCUCCCACGGGACACAGAAUGCAAAAUCGACAACUGUGAGGACUGUUUCAGCCGAAACUUUUGCACAAAGUGCAAGGAAGGCCUGUACUUGCACAAAGGAAGAUGUUACGCCACCUGCCCUGAGGGUUAUUCUGCUGCCAACGGCACCAUGGAAUGCAGCAGUCCUGGUGAGCAUGACAAUCAAGAGGGGUGGCGGUGAUGGAGGAGGUCUCCUUGCCUGCCCUGCCCAGGGCAGCCAGUAGCUCAGGCCCAGGGGGCCCUGGAGGUGCCAGAGCAGGAGGGGACUUUGGUCAGAGGCCACCAUGUUCUCCAGGAUUAUUCAGCCUUUGCUGUAGUCACUGAAGCACCUUGAUGUAUAUUUUGGUUUCCAUGGAAACAGGGGCAAAAAAAAAUCCCCCAAGGUCUAUGACUCUGUGACAAACAGACCUCUCUCUCUCUCUCCACCCCCCUGCUUUUUUUUAUAGCACAAUGUGAAAUGAGCGAGUGGGGUCCAUGGGGCCCUUGCUCCAAGAAAAAGAAGCUCUGCGGCUUCCGGAGAGGCAAUGAGGAGCGCUCUCGGAAGGUCCUUCAGGCGCCCUCCUUGGGGGACGUGUCUGUGUGCCCAGCCACCACCGAGCUCCGGAGAUGCACAGUGGUGAAGAACCCGUGCCCAGAAGGUGAAUGGGUUAUGAGUUCCACUUAGCCCCUUUGCUUGGUUGGCAUAAGCACAGGGCAAAGAAUGACAGAGACGGUUGCUUUAUUUCCCGAAAUGUAAGCGUUCUCUUCAUCAGGCUAGCUAGCAAAUCCAAUGGAGGCUCUGCUGGACUUUCGUUGCUGCAUUUUGGACCGGCUGAACUUUCCAGGCCCUUUUCUGAGUCUGCAGUUCUCCAAUUCCGAUGCAGUUCAGGUUUGCAUAAGCAACACACGGCUAGGGAUGUAUCUCACAGGGGCAGGUGGUGCUCAAGCUGAAAACCGGCCAGCUAAGUCAAAGGGAGCAACUGCACUCUUGUUGCCUCAUUUUUCAACAUUGUUGUCUUGGGUGUGCAGGGAGGAAGAAUGUGGGCUGUGACCCUUUAGCCCCUUUUUCAAAAUGUAUCAGGCUAUCUGUUGAUUUGUGGUGCUGUUUGCCUUGGAUAAGACUACAUUUCCUGUGAAAAGACAGGUUUGCAUUGUGUGCAACUCCAUCCCAUGAGGCACUCUUGCUUCACACCUAGAAUAAAAAUACUGUAACAUGGACCAAGGCAUAUUAUUAUUAUUAUUAAAAUUUAUAUACUGCCCUAUACCUGUACGUCUCAGGGUGGUUCACAAGAUAAAAUUACAAUAUAGAAACACAAAAUGCAUAAUCAAAACAGAAACAGCCAAUCAACCCCCUCAAAACACAAAAAGUCAAAAACCAUUUUAAUUAAAAUAAAAUAAAAAGCAGUUUAAAAGAAUGUAAACCGUACUCUCUGCUGGGCAGCAGCAGCAGUCCUUUUGUAGUCUAUCAGGCCAAGCCCUGGGCCUGGUGGAGAGAGGCAGAAGCAGGACCCUCAGACUCUCAGCAUGUUCAGCAGAACCUUCUCAUCCCCCAUUCCCUUCCUGCCUGUCCUCCAGGCUGACUUUCCCUCACCAACAACUUCUGAGUGUCAGCAACAUCCCAACUCACCCAAGGCCAUUGCAGGAGCCUGUAUUCCCUAUGUCUAUUUCAAAAGCUAGGUGAAAAGCCAUCCCCUGCCUUUGCAUCCAGGGGAAGGGCCAUAGCUCAGUAGCAGAGCAUCUGGUUUGGAUGCAGAAGGUCCCAGGUUCAUUCCCUGACAGCAUCUCCAGGUGCAGAGAACAGAGAACGCAGCCUGAAAUUCUGGAGAAGCCAAUGCCAGUCAGUGUAGACAAUAGUGAGAUGGACAAGUGGUCUGACUUGGUAUAAGGCAGCUUCCUGCAUUAAUUGAUCUGGGGGAAUGAGCUUUUUUUACCCCUUAGAGACAACAUUAUAGCUUGAAGAAGAAGGGUGCUCUUUCUCUGUUGAGAAGGCCCAGGGGUAGGAAACCUGCUCUGUGCGCAGAUGGCCCCAGGUCUAACCUGCAGCACUUCUACAUAGGGCUGUGAGAAGCUUCUGCCUGAGAUCCUAGAGAGUCGUUGCUGUGACUCAAGAGUAGAUAAGAUUGAGCUAGAUGGACCCAUGGCCAGUCUCCAUAUAAGACAGCUUCCUAUGCACAGGUAGCGUGUGGUGUUGACUAUUUAUGAGCCAUUUCAGAGUGUCUAAUGUCCUCUUGCUGAACAGCAGAUGCAGGUUAGGGGACAACCUCCUCUUUUCCUCCAUCUCACUCUUGGCCUUUUGCUUGUUUGCAGGAUGGAAAAAGAAAAAGGAAGAGCAAGGAAAGAGAGACAACGCGAAUGAGGACAGAAGCCGGAAAGAUGCCAAGGACGGCCGUGUCAGGAGAAGGAAAGGCCAGCCCAGGGGAACAGUUGUGCCUGUGACCUCUGCUCCGUAGCUGUCCCUCCACAGCUGUGCGAUGACAAACCUCCAUUGCUGCUAUGUAAAUGAAAGCUUUAUUGAACCAAAACACUGCACCACGAUGACGUAAGACAUGGCUGGACAGACGGAAGGAUCCUUCUAGGGGCAAAAUGUACAAAAAUGCAGACCCACCUAUAUCCGGCGUAGUGUAUCAGAAACAUGGAAAUUCCUUGUGGUUCCUUAGCAAGGGGACUGUCUCAACAAGGUGCUCUUGACCAGAGUGCCCAGGACUUGAUGUUGGGAAGAUGAGAGGGAAGAAGGCAUGUGCUUUAAGGAGGGCCGCUGAGCAAACAUCUCCAGCUGGAGUCGCUAUGGACAGACGGCAUGAGAGGAGACAGUUCCCAAUGCCAAGGACAAGACUGGAAUGAGUUUGCUCAAAAUCUGGAAAUGCACAAAGGCUGCUUUCAAGUCCUCUCCAUUGUGUUUCAACCUGUAUCACUGAGAAUAUGUGUUGCAUAUCUGUGAUGAACGUCCAGGGGUGUUUGCCCUGAUAUUGCUUCAAAAUUUCAGAUUAAAAAACCCCCAAAAUAGUCCCAUUCUUAUGUCUGCAGAUCAUCUUCAAAGUAGUAACUCCGAAAAGAGUAUUCUCAUCCUUCAG